AUGACUAGUAUCUCUAUUCAGACGGACGUCAAUUCUGAGCCUCCCAGAUUUGGUCCAAUGUUUCAGAGACUGAAGCCGGUGUUAGCAUCCCUUCCCAUCGCCAGUCGGUAUCACUUGAAACUGACAUGGGCCCUUAGCAAACUCGCCAUCGACGUUGGCACUAAAUCUACCAAAGUGACGCGCUGCUACGGAGAGGGAGCCAAGGAUGUCUUCGUUGACGGUCCCGCUCCAGACGUGUCCGAAGGGAGGCAAAGGCUGCGACUUCGAUGGGGUCGUCAGCUUAUCGGGUUAACCUCCGUGGUGCCAAUCGCGACCUCGAGCGCACCUGUCCGAUCAAUUAUUUCAUCUACCAAAUUGCUACGUCUUCUCCUCAGGGAACCACUACCACCAAUAUUCCAAGAUAUAGCCAACCGCAUAGAGAACACCUUCCAGAACGAAGUGCAGAGCUCUCAUCUCGAGAAAAUACUCCCCCUCAUUGAAGAGUUCUUCGAGAAUAUCAGCAAGCGGUGGCGUCAGUCUGUAGAGAGCGCUGAUACAUCGUGA